ACAUCCCGGACAAGAAUGCGCCGUCUCUGGAGCGACUUUUCCCAGCACUCGUGUUACACCCUCCUCUUUCACCCUGCAGCUCCUCCAGAAUCCGGACAAUCGGACAGCUCCAGCCAACAGGGGGACACAGACAUCAAACCACCGCCCAACGGGCACCUGAGUUUCCAGGACUGCUUUGUCACCUCAGGGGUGUGGAACGUGGCCGAGCUGGUCAGAGUGUCGCAGACACCCGUUGCUACGGCGUCGGGUCCUAACUUUUCAUUGGCUGACCUGGACAGCAGUCCCAGCUACUACAACAUCAACCAGGUGGCUCUGGGGCGGCGCUCGCUCACCUCCCCUCCUUCUACCAGGUCUGAGGUGGAGUUGUACGCAAACCUUCCGCGGAGCUCGACCAAGAGGAAGUCGUUAGACGACAGUGAGCUGGAGAGUCCCACGGAUGAGGUUUUCUACCCGGGACGCUCGCCUGCUGCCAGCUCCUCCCAGUCCAGUGCGUGGCCCAACGACAUGGACGCAGUUCAGCACCAUUUGGCGAGUGUGCAGGAGAGGAAGAUAAAACAUGAAAACGAUGGCGUGCAGUUUCCUUACCAUGGACUGUCCUCGCCUGGUUCACUUAAGAAGCCGGGGAAGUUUGAUUUCAACGCCCUGACUUCCCAGACGAGGUCCCCCCGCAUGGCGUUCACACACCACCCGCUGCCUGUGCUGGCAGGAGUGAGACCAGGGAGUCCCCGGGCCUCAGCCUCAGCCCUGCACUUCCCCUCCUCCUCCAUCAUCCAGCAGUCCAGCCCGUACUUCACCCACCCCACCAUACGCUACCACCACCACCAGGACCCGCUUAAGGAGUUUGUGCAGUUUGUGUGCACCGACGGCUCAGGCCAGCCCAGCGCACAGCCUAAUGGAGGUGGCCAGAGCAAAAUGCCGGGCUCCUUCCUGCUGCCCCCGCCACCCCCGGUGGCACGCCCUGUGCCCCUCCCCAUGCCCGACUCUAAAAUCAUCAGCACGCCCACUGACGGCGGACUCAGCUCACCCGCAUCUCCGUCAUACUCCACGCCAGGCUCCACAGCUCCCAACCGGUUUGUCGGCAUCGGAACACGGGACAACUUUCUGAAUAUCCCCCAGCAGACUCAGUCCUGGUUCCUCUGACGAGGCCUCUGAAUCAAGAGCUAAAAUUGUGUCAUGAAAAUUGGAAAUUUGAAACACAUCACCGCUGAUUAAGAACAGAAUGCUGACACUAAAAGGUCUUUCUCUCCAGCCAACACUAUUCAAAGUACUACUACAGAACAAAAGAAAUACAAAAAGAACCCACACCAGCCCAAGAGGACUCCCAGUCUAACACAAUUUGAACAGGAACGUUCAACCACCUCCCCCUUUGUGCAAGAGGCUUCAAUGAGAUUGAGUGGACAGACUCGGAAUGCAAGGAAGAGGAAGAGGAGGAACUGUCUCACACACACACACACACACGCACGCACACACACACCACCACCAAUAUCAGAAAGGAAACACAAUAUGGCAACCUGACAAAUGACCAAUCAUCCAUUUAUUGUUCCUUUUAUAUAUAUAUAUAUAUAUAUAUAUAUGCUUUGUUGUCUCCACAAUGAAACUCCAUGCAUUGGCCGGCACAUCCCCGAAAGUGGUGAACGGUGAAGUUGGAUACGCACGUUGAAAAAAAACGCCAUCCAAAUUAGUUUCCGCCUCCACGUGUUUCCCCAUCCGACCGCCCACCGUCCCGCCUGCAGCUCAGCGCCCCGCCGCCCGCGCGUCACCCGACGCCCGCGUGCGCCUCUUCUCGUUUGCCGAUUGGCUGAUCACGGUGACGCCAUCCGAUGGCGUGACGUAUAUGCACUAAGUGGCUGGUCUUCGAGUACCAGGGCGUCCUGCUGCGGGUGGAGCGAUAGCCGCGAGGCGCAAACACGCGACAGACGGUCAUAACACUAACGCUACAUGUCUCCCCCGCCCCCCCACACACACACACCUCCUAUGCACUAUUCAUUUUUGAUAAGGGAUGAACGGGAUAUGCACGUCGAUGGUCCCGAUGAGCGAGUGGAGAGGCGAGUCGAGGCUGCGCUCAGGAGGAGUCCAGGCCCUGUAACACACAGCACAACAGUCAUCCUAUCAUCCUAUUAUUCAGAGUUAGAUUUCACUAAUGCACACACACACACACACACACACACACACACACACACACACACAUCAUCAGCUUCAUAUUAUUGGCUUUUAUUGGCUUCCGGUGUUUUCUUUGUGAUUUUUUCUUUUUUGGGGGGCCAGAUUUGGUUUUUGUCUCACUUGGAUUGUUUUAAACUUCUCUUGCAUGUCAUAACACUCUUUCAUUAUCCGUAGUUUGCAGUAACACGUAAAGUAACGGAUUUCAGCUAAUCAGUAACAUUAGUUUCUCAAAUCUCUCGCGUAUGGACAUCACAGUAACAACAGCUCAUCACAUGCAGCCUUUGCAUUGCUUCAUCCCUUAAACCCCAGAGGACUACACACACACACACACACAUGCGCGCACACACAAACCACGCACAAAUACAAUGCACUCUAACACCACCAACAACUUGACAUAAGGGAAUCCUUCAUAUUUGGUUCUCCGGACUGCCUUUUGUUAAUGGUUUUUUUUAUCCACUUAAGAUUUGUCUUUUUUUUAAUUUGAGAUAUAUAUUUUUUGUCUACGCCAAUGUUGACAUUGAAAUUUGCCAUCGGUCUCAUUCUCACCAUGACGCAAUCCGACAAAAGCCCGGCCUCACAAAAUAACUGGACUGCCUUAAGCUGUUGGUUCUAUUUUGCAGGGAUAGACAGGGCCGGGAUGUCGCUCUCAGCCGCUCUAGUAACAUUAGCUCUAUUUACUAAAACCAUAUAUCAAGACUAUAACAAUAUAUGAAAGUGCCUCUGUAUUCCCUUCAUUCAAUUAGUAAUAAACUUGACUUCAGGUUCUCUUCCCACGUAUAAGCUAAAGCUACGGCGUUGGUGCUUGUUUAAACAAUCGGUCCGAGGGCAGACGACUGCAAACCCUUUUUUUUUUUGUAAAGACAGAGACAGAGAGAGAGAUCUUAUACAUAUAUAUUUACAAUAUAUGCUCCUUUUUAACUUUUUAACCACAUGAGCUGAUUGGCAGUCUAGUUAUUUUCUGACCAACUCCCAACGCACCCCCUUCGCACGCACACACACACACGCACACACACACGCACGCACGCACGCACGCAACCGUCUCAGUGAUAUCUGCUCACUGUCACCAGUACGAAUCACACGGCUCACGCCACGGCCAUCCGCAGCGCAGCGUCACGACGACUAGAUGAACAUGUCAACAAAAAAAAAUCGACAGUAGGUUUGAAGAAAAAAAAAAAAAGUGUUUGUUUUUUGAUGGAAAGUAUUAUUAUUGAAAAAUAUGUGUCGAUUGAGCCACGUGCAAUGCAUUGGGUAGAUCAUUGUGUUUGUCUGUUAGAGAUUUUUAAGAAAGCUAAGAGAAAAGAGAAAAAAAAUGUAUUUGUUUCAAGUCCGUAAGCUCCAGGACUCUAAACCAGGGGGCCAUGAAAAAUCCUAGUCUUUGUAGGUUGGGGGUAUUUGUUUUUAUUUCCUUUGUCUCUUUUUUUUAUGUUUUAUGUGUAAUCAAUUGUUUAUAAAAAAAUUGUGGGAGGGCUUUAGAAAAAAAAGAAAUCCUACACAACUUUGGGGAAAAAUAUUCUCUAUCAGAUGAAAUUUGGUGCUUUAACACUAUAAAGUACAUUCGAAACUAUUGUACAUGAAUGGUAAUGAACAAAAGUAACAGACCAUUAAGGAAACCGCAUUAUUCCUCUCUAUUUUUAUUCUUCUUCUAUUUGUAUAGAGUGGGGGGGGAGAGGUUCCUAAUCCUUAAGGUUGUGACACAAAAGGCAUUUUGGUUCAACCUUUAGAGAAAAACCAACAAACCAAUACUGUCAACAAACACGUGUGUGAUGACUCACUGCCUGAAAACUCACCAGCAAACGACGACAAAUCGACCCUCCCAGUUCAGCUCAUUUUUUGAUCUCACACACCCGGGCCGCUUUGAUUCCGACCACGAACGGGGAAGUAGCUUGAAUAUAUCCGAAAAAAGAAAUGAGAUGGAAAGUAUUUCUGAACCAGGCAGCAAGGUGAGCCUCUCCCCUGUCCAACCCCCCCCCCCUCCUCUGUAAAUGACUCUUAUAGUGCUUGUGCUGUAGUGUAUAGUUUCCCAGCAGUUAAAGGUUGUCCCUUAAAAGUGCCUUUUGUUCACAGACUCCAUUUUGUAAUCCAGAUCGCGCCCCCUCCCCCCCUUCCCCCGCCUUUCUUCUUUUUCGUACCGGCUGGAGGUAACCGGUUGGCCCUGAGUGCCGGCGAGGGGGCCCGAGGGUCAGCGCUCAGGGACGACUUUUUUUUAUUUCCUGCCGCCUUCAAAAUGAAUCCCCUCCAUUGUACCACCCCCUAUAUCCUCUCUUCCUUUUCGAAAGCCGUAUGUAUAAAUAUAUGCACAUGUGUAUGUGUGUAUAUAUAUAUAGUACAAAAGGAAACUGGUGUGAAUUAGUUCUUUACUUUUUAUUGAUAAAUGACAAACAAAAAAACAAAAAAAAACCUUUUUGAAAAGGCAAAAAAACUUGUUCUCGUUCAGCUCUUGCUUUUUUCUUCCCCUCUGUCUCCGCUGUCUCGUUUUCUCUUAGACACCGGGGUAGUCUGUAACUGUGUGUCUGCCUCUCUCUCUCUCGCUCUCCCUCUGUCUCUCUCCCCCACCCCCUUUCGCUGUUGUGGGAGGAUGGGAAGAAAAAAAAAAAGAAAAAAACAAUUAUUCCCGAAAAAACUUUUGUCCGAGCAGAAUGCAGUUAGCUCACAUGUUAUUCUUGUCUGUAUGCUUCACAUUGUAUUACCAUACCCAUCUUCUUCAGCUUCUCCAUUCAACAGCUAAUGUAAGUGAACAAAUUACGCUGACGGGCUUUUGGGGGUGUCCUUGGGCGGGCUAGGAAAAGGACGACUAGGGUUCGGGGUUGAGGAGGUUUGGACAUGGACAGGGCCGAGAGGCUGGGACGAACUGCUGCAGGAUGUUGGAAAGGGGCUGCUUUGAGUAGGAUAAGACUUUAGCUAUUUAUUGUUUGGCUUUGUUUAAUUCCCCCUAUUUUUUUUUAUUUUGGUUUCUUUUUAAUCUGGAUUUCUUUUAAUAUUUGCUAUCGGGGUAUGCGGUCGUUUAGGCUCUCUUCAAGGGACGUCUUUGGACUGUAAAUGAAAGCUGCAAGCACCUUAUAAACGGACUUGUCCUGCACGAGGCGGAAAGAGGGUGUGGGAGGGGGGGGGCAUUUCCAGGAUAUAUCCACAUCCAUUCAAACCAAUCUCAUAAAGUGAAGUAUUAUUGUUCGCAGGCCCAAGCAGUAUUAUCCACUCACAACCAGAUCGAUUCAAAAGGCCAGCGUGAACCUGCUCCCUGAAGUCCCUCCAUUAGUCUCCUCUGAACCACCUCAUGCCGGACCGCUCCGUGUCUUUGUUCUGUCGUUCUUUUUUGUUCCCUUUAUCUUCUUCGGCGUGUAUGGUUCUCGGUGUAAUAGGCAGCACCCUAGGCCCUCUGACCCCCCAGCUCUUCUGCACCUCUGUCUAACGCCCUCAGUGCAGCACCACGUCUUUGUGAGAACACCCCCAGAGCUCUAGGUGAAAUGCAUGUGUUAAUUACAGUUUCUUUUCCAUAAGAAGAAAAACCCAGUUUGAGAAGAGCAGCUCCUGAUUGAAUAAAAAAGGAUGUUCUUGACUGUA